GCUUUUGGCAACGCAAAGACGAUUGCUAAUAACAACAGCUCAAGAUUUGGCAAAUUUAUACUAGUCAAGUUCAAGGAGAAUGGAGCUUACUUUGGUGCUUCUAUUGAGAAGUAUCUUCUUGAGAAGAGCAGGAUAAUUAGCCAGGCACCAGGAGAAAGGAAUUAUCACGUAUUUUAUUACCUGUUAUCUGGAGCUGAUACCAACCUUAAAACUAAACUUCACUUACUGUCUCUCGAUGAGUACCGCUACCUCCAGUCCUCAGGGACCAAUGAAUUGGAGGGAGGGGGAGACGAAGCAGCUGAAUUCCAUCGACUGAAAGAAUCAUUGAGAAUGUUGAAGUUUACUGGAGAAAUACAAGACAGUAUGUUUACUGUCCUCUCCGCUAUUCUACACAUCGGGAACAUUAAAUUUGAAAAGAUCAGUGGAGGUGAGAAGGUUCAGGUGUCCAAUCUUAAGACGGCUCAGGUCAUAUCAACU